AAUGACGUAUCUUGUCCGCAGACAUGUUUCUAGAAGCAUGAGCGACAAGAGGUGGGAAUGGAGGUGAGCACGUCGACUGAGUUUGUUGCCGCUGCUUGAUGUUUUGGUAAACGAUGGUUGAGAUGAUGGUUGCAUCAUAACUCGACAGGACUAGCAGCGCAAGGUUCACACAAUCAGCCUUGAGGUCUCUUCAAAAGCUGAUAAGAGCGGUCCCUUAGGCACAGAUUUGGAUGCUCCUUAUCCCGUUCAACAGGCAGCGCAGCCAAACUAUGCAACAUACCCUCCAGGAGUGACCACUAUGAGUUCUCCACCACCACCACCACCACCACCACCACCACCCCCGGGAUAUUACCCUAUGGGGUCACCACCCCCUGCACAAUACCAGAUGGGGCCACCACCCCCGGGACACUACCCGCCGGGGACACCACCACCCCCAGGCUAUUACGUGGCGGGUCCGCCACCUCCAGGUUAUUACCCAAAUAAUCCACGGACGAUGGUGAUAAUCUCAGGAGUUAGGCGGGAACCUCCCGAUGACCACUUGUGCUUAGCUGUCCUCAGCUGUAUCUUCUUAAACCUAAUUAUUGGUAUCUUUGCCAUCAUAUGGUCGUGUAAGACACGUAUGGCCAAUGAAAGAGGAGAUUACGAAGCUGCUGAAAGACACAGUCAAACGACACUAAUGUUAAUCAUGGCUGCAGCCAUUGUUGGCAUAGUCACAUUAAUUCUCUCCCUUGUAUUCGGUUUGAAAUUUCGCUAAAAUCUGGGCGUGGCAGCAACACAUUUUCGGCCGCAGAGAGGACUGUUGUGUACAGUGUGUUCUAGAGUGGGGAGAUAUUGCUAACUUUAUAACUUCAUGUAUUUUUUACAUGUAGCUUUAUACUAGUGUGUUCACUGUAUUCUGCUGCAAACACAAUGUUUAUUUAUUUAUUUAGUCUUUAUUGUCACUGAAGCAGUUAACAAACUUUCCGAGAAUUCAAGAACUGGUGUAUUGAACUGCGAAAAGAAAUAUUAAAGAUUGAGAAGAUUAUUAAAUCCCAA